UCUACCCUGGCCUUACAAACGAACAACGUUCCUCUAACACAUACCAGACGAACCAUUGAGUUCGAUAUAUUGAGCGUAUUUAACUCUAAUUUAUCUUUUAAUUGACAACGGAAGCGGUUCUCGUAUUCUGAAAAGAAUCAUCACCUCAUACAAUACACAGAUCACCUUUGAAAGAAGACAAACAUGGCGAUUAGAAAGAAACUUCUGCUCAAGGUUAUUAUCCUUGGUGAAAGUGGUGUCGGUAAAACAUCCUUAAUGAAUCAAUUUGUAAAUCGUAAAUUCAGCAAGGAUUACAAGGCGACGAUUGGUGCUGAUUUCCUCACGAAAGAGGUUGUCGUGGACGACAAGAUUGUAACUCUGCAAAUUUGGGACACCGCUGGCCAAGAACGUUUCCAGAGUUUGGGUGUUGCAUUCUAUCGUGGUGCUGAUUGCUGUGUCCUCGUGUACGACGUGAACAACAGCAAGUCUUACGAGUCCUUAGACAGUUGGAGAGACGAGUUCUUAAUUCAGGCCUCUCCCAACAACCCAGAGACGUUUCCUUUCAUACUCAUUGGCAACAAGGUGGAUGUAGAGGAACAGAAACGCAUGGUUUCGAAAGCCAAGGCGUUGGCUUUUUGUCAGGCAAAGGGUGAUAUUCCGUACUACGAAACUAGUGCCAAGGAUGCCAUUAAUGUUCAAGAGGCUUUCGAAGCUGUUGCCCGUCUUGCCCUGGCAAAUGCUGACGAAGACGAUGUGACAAACGACUUUACGGAUCCGGUACACUUGGAGUUGGAGACGCAGAAGGCUAGCUGCUCAUGCUAGAAACCACACAUAUUUCCGUCCUCUUUUCUUACUCUUUUUUUUUUGCAAGCACUCAUAUAUUACGUACCCUAUUUUCCCCUUGCAGUUCUCUACCUCUGGUCUCCUCACCGUUUGAUAAUGAACAGCAGGUUUAUGUCAGAGGCUGCUGUUUAACUUAUGCUUGUGCUGUGGGCAUUUUUGUUGCGUUUUUUAAGUUUCGUGAGAGAAGGAACUAUCGUUUUCUCUCUGCUACGCAUUCCGGUUGCUGAUACAAACGUCGUCUCCCUUGGCAGUGUCUGUCUCAUCACUUUUUAAUACCUUACAAAGGGUGUCAUUCAAUAUAAAGACUGCUAUAAUUCUGGUUACACACACACACACACACACACUUCCACCCCAUAGACAACUAGUUGAAUCGAAAUCGUAAACCACCGUAAUAUAACAUAACAAUUAGAGUUCAGAGAUCCGAUACGUUAUCAUGGUGCAUUUAUGUUUUAACGAAGCUUAUUGCUCGU